AUGGAAACGCAGCACCCAGUCCUCAUCGGCGAUCCUGCCUCCAUGACGCCUCCCGCAAGCGCCGACGGAGAGAAACCGUCCCCUUGUGCUGAUUCCCCUCGUGGAUCCGACAUGGGACUCGAUUCUGCCUCUGUCGACGACGAUGACAUCCAGCCAGAUCACUAUUACGGUGGUGGGAAGAUUCCAGUAUUCAGGCCAAAUAUGGAUCAAUUCCGCGAUUUUCAAGCUUUCAUUCGUAAAGUUAAUAAAUACGGCAUGAGAUCCGGCGUGGUUAAGGUGAUUCCACCUCAGGAAUGGAAUUUCAUGGCUCCCAUGGAACCUAUACGCAGGCGAAUAUUGGAAAACAACGGUCUUAUAAUCUUCCUCAAUGGGAAGGCGUUGUGCGAGGAGACAAGCCAUCAACCGCCGGCUCGCCGUGGUGAACGGCGGCGGGUUCAAGAAAAGCCUGCACGGGGCGGCACAAGAGGUCAGACCGCCAGGUCCGACUCACAAAAGCGCAAGCCUGGACCUGCCAAUCCCAAACCUGUUGAGCCAGAGAAAAUAGCUGACGGAUUUGGCGAGAGGAAACUGGAGGGCCCACCCACGCCAGUAUCCCCACAGUCCAAUCCAGUGGAGCCAAAAUCCGAGGAACUGAGCGAUGGAGAGUCCUUACCGGCGCCAAAACCAAAAGGCAGACAGCCUAAAUCCGUUACUGCACGACGCAAGUACAAUCGCGGCGAUGCAAUGGAUUUUGUCGAUGAAGAAGCCUUCAAGGACUUUGAUUACCACCUCUCUGGAAAUGAAGAUUACACCGCGGAGCGCUGUGAAGAACUAGAGACCGCCUACUGGAAAUCCCUCAUGUACAACAACCCCAUGUACGGCGCAGAUAUGCCGGGAUCCCUUUUUGAUGACUCUGUGACUUCCUGGAAUGUUGCCAAACUACCAAACCUGCUAGAUAUCCUUGGCCAGAAGGUCCCCGGAGUGAAUACCGCGUAUCUCUACCUGGGGAUGUGGAAGGCCACAUUUGCCUGGCAUCUGGAGGAUGUCGACCUUUACAGUAUUAACUUUAUCCAUUUUGGUGCUCCGAAACAGUGGUAUAGCAUUUCUCAAGAGGAUCUCCCUAGAUUCGAAGCCGCCAUGAAAAAACAAUGGCUCGACUACGCACGCGUUGCAAAGAAAUGCAAUUGUGAAUCAGAUAGUGUGUGGAUCGACAUCCGAGAAAUCGAGAGAAAGCUGCGUGGAGAGGCCACUCCUGAGUAUUAUGACGAGCUGGAUGAUCAACUUGAGGGUGCUUCUGACCUACUCACACCUCCUCGCAGUGUUCCUGAAAAGUCUGCCUCCCGCAAGAAACGGAAACAUGAUAAUAGCGAAUCCAAAACUAAGCGCGUCAAAUUACACCUAGAAGGACCAAGGAAGAUCCCUUGCAUUUUAUGCCCUAAUAACCUUGACUAUGAGGAACUUCUUCCUACUGAAGAUGGCUUGUAUCAUGCCCACCGAAGGUGUGCACUCUACAUCGACGAAACUUCCAUUCUCAAAGAUGAGUCUGGUAAGGAAAUCGUCGAGUUCGGUGAAAUAUCCGUUACAGCAGACGAUGGAUGCGAAUACACAGUUCCGGGGGUCGAUCUCAAAUGCAAGUACCAUCGCCCAAAAAGACUAGGAUCUCAAUCGCCGGAGGCUAUGGAUAUGGAUUUUAAACUGACAGAAACGGCCAAACGGUUACGCUCUGGAGAUUUGGUGCAAUUCCAAGCUGACAAGGAAAUCAAUGGCGCGGUUGUCCUUGAAAACCGACCGGAAGAGCGUGCCUUGCUGCUCAAAGUGCUACCGCGGGGCGAUGUGAUCGAAUUACCGUAUCGCUGGAUAUUAAUUGUGAAGAAAUCUAGCUUCCUUCCACUUCCGCCUGGUAUAAAACCACUUCCAGCCCAUCUGGCUCGUAAACCGGAGGCUAGGAAGGAUUUAGCCUCGACCAUUCCUUCCCAUGGUACACCCUUCGGUGAUCCAUGGUUACCUUACCAGUGGGCCGAGUUCUCUUGCGUCAAGCCUCCUUUCAAUCCACACGCAGCACGAGUCGAUAUUUUCAAACCAGAGCAAAUCUGGUAUUAUCUUGGGAGAACUUCCACUGAAUGCCGUGCACAAUACACCGACAACCCAGCGGGCCUUGUUCAUAAUCCCAGGUCCAAUUUCCUUGAAAGUGUGAAAUCAUUGCGAGCUACCGCGGCAACCAUAUCUCAUCCUCACGCCUUCUCUACGAAACAACCCAAGUAUCAUCCGGGGCUACCCGCUACCACCCCAGUCAUGAGCACACUCACACGGCCCGUCGUCACCACACAAUCCCAACCUCUUCCUGCCUCGAAUAUACCGGCUCGAAACUUUAAUGAUGCCAAAGGUAUGCAGUUCAUGACAGCUCGCCGUCUUAUCGUUUCAAUCACAGAACACGCCAACUCUGGGGCCGGAUAUACCAUCGUUGACCCCGAUUUUGUUGCCCAACUCCUUCUGGGUGAAAGCAGUUCAGCAAUACCAAAGAAUGGAAUCGAAAAGUUGAAGAAAGCUAUGGUUGAGUCUAUGAUUCGACCCAGAUCGAGUAAUGGCUUGCUCCCCUUGCAGCCGUUGAAUAUGGAGGCAGAUGAAGUCGAUCAUCUUUUACGGAUGCUUCGCUUUGCCAUUGUGGAUUUGGCUCAAAAGAUCAAUGGAAACGAUUCGAAAGUUGGCAAACUACAUGAACGCCAAACUGUCAAAGAAACUCAUCUUCCUUCAUCCAGUGUUGGGUUGUGGGGAAGCUUCGAUGCCUCACGACGUCAGCCUGAUGCUGUGUAUAACUCGCCGUACGCACCUGGAUUCGGGUUCUCGGAGUAUGCAAUUAGAGAGUAUGGGUUAGGCCCUCAGCGCUUGGCACAAAAGGAGCACUCAGCUGCUGAUUUCUUUUCGAAACUAUCACAAGAAGACAAGGAAAAGGUUAUCCAAGCCUGUGGUGGCGUCACUUCGUCGAGAAAGGACGAUGUGGACAUUCCCAUCGCUCCAGGUUUAGAAAUGAGUCAAGUUUCGGGACUGGAAAACCCGAAUACUACAAUUUCUAUGGAUGUUAUGAACAUUGACCCCCACCACCUAUCGGUUUUCGACAUGACGUUACAUGCCGAUUCGCCAGCUUCAAGCUUUAGCAGGACUGCGAUACAAUAUCAGUCACCACAGGACUUUUCUGCACAUGUAGAACACGAAUCGUCUUUGCUUCCCAGACACUUUCAAGAUCAUCACGACCUAUUUGGUGACCAGCAAACCAAUCAACGCUUCUGGCAAAGAAGUGUCCCAUGGAAUGACGGGGAUACUCCGUCCCAUAAUGAUGAACAUCGUCCGUUUUUUGGCCCUCAUUUGCCGCCGGCUGGUCAUGACUAUCCUUCAUCUGAUAUGGAUUUUGAGCGGGGCCCCGGUUCGUUGCAUUCGAUGGACAUGGCUGGUUUUGGCUUCGACGGGACGGACGAACUGUUUCCUAAUCCUAGCCCAUAG